AUGAAAUUCAAUCAAGCAUAUACAUAUCUGAUACAGCAACUACCUCCCUCAUUAGUGGAAGAAGCAUGGAGACGCCUUACUACUCGAAAACGCAAUCCUUUUACACUACUAGAAGCAUGUGGUAUAGAUCCAGCUAUUGAAGAUUUUUUGCAACAUGAAAUUAUAGUUUAUAAUAGAAAAAAAGAACGCCAACGUCGAAAAAGGAAAAAUAAAAUGGAUACCACUAACCUUACAGUUGAGAAUAUCGAACUUAAAACCAGGGUUGUAAAAUUGGAACAGAAGCAAUCGCAAACUGAUGAUGAUGCCAAGGGGAUCAUACCUACAUUUCAAUCCAAGAAGAUCUUAUCCAAAAAGCAAAAUAAUCCAGCUCAUGACCACGAGACCAAG